GACUAGCUCUACUCAGCUCAGCCACGUAAUUCUUUCUUAGUUAAUCAUUACAAUUACGAAUGAAUAUGAAUAUCAGCCACACACAGGCAGAAAUACUGUAAAUUUAAUUUAAUUGAAAGUUUUCUUUGAUUGGAUAAUGCAAUAAUCAACCAAUCUGCUGAAGCAUGGUGGCGAUAAGAUCGAUGGAGUUGCCGAUCCCCAAAUUCAGGGUGGUAGAAUGCUACUCCAAGUCCCAACAGUUAGCACUCUCAUCAUCGUCAUCAUGUAUCCCAAAGCAGCAGAAGUAUCGGGCAUUCAUGUGCAGAGCAUCAGCGGGGGCAUCGAAUGUGAUGGCGACGGCGCUGGAGCAGACGGGUGGGAAGAUGGUGGUGGAGCUAGUGGGAGCCUUCAACCAGCUUACCCAGGAGAUCAACGUCUUGUCCAGUAGCUCCUCUCGCUUGCUCUUCAAGUCUCUCAAGCUCUCCAUUCCCAUCCUGCAGGCCUUGCCUCUCGCUCCCGAUGGCCGCCCUCCUCUUUCUAAGGCCUUGUCUCUAGCUCUCCUUCUCGCCCAUCUCCAGAUGGAUGCGGAAGUUAUUUCAGCUGGGCUACUCAUCCACGUUCUGGAGGCUGGUGCCGUUUCCAUCUAUCAACUCAGAGAUCGUAUUGGUACUGGUACUGCCCAUCUUUUGCAUGAAAGCUUGCGCUUAAAGAAUAUCCCUUCCAAAGUCGAAGUUUUGGAUGAUGAUAGUGCUGCUGCCCUAAGAAAAUUCUGCCUUGCUUACUAUGACAUCAGGGCUCUCAUUUUGGACCUUGCUCUUAAGCUUGAUAUGAUGAGGCAUCUUGAUUACCUCCCAAGAUAUCAACAACAAAUGCUUUCUCUUCAGGUUUUGAAGAUAUAUGCCCCCUUAGCUCAUGCUGUGGGAACCAACUACUUGUCGCUAGAGCUUGAGGAUCUCUCUUUUCACUAUCUCUUUCCUUAUUCAUACCUGUACAUCGAUACAUGGCUACGGAGCCACGAGACUGGAAAUAAAUCUCUAAUUGACAUAUACAAGGAACAGCUGCUCCAAUCUUUAAAAGCCGAUCCUAUCUUAGCUGACAUGGUUGAUGAUGUCUCUGUUAGUGGUCGCUAUAAAAGCCGUUACAGCACAAUGAAGAAGCUCUUGAGAGAUGGCCGUAAGCCAGAAGAAGUAAAUGAUGUUCUAGGAUUGCGAGUCAUAUUGAAUCCUAGGUCUGGCAUAGACAUGUCGCAAGUAGAUAAAAGAGCAUGCUACAGGACACGUGAAAUCAUUCAAUCAUUAUGGAAAGAAAUUCCUUAUAGAACAAAAGACUAUAUUGCGAGGCCCAAAGCAAAUGGUUAUAAGAGCUUACAUAUGGCAGUUGAUGUGAGUGACAAUGGAAUGACUCGACCACUUAUGGAAAUACAAAUCCGCACUACUGAAAUGGAGAUGUUGGCCACAGGUGGAACUGCAUCUCAUUCAUUGUACAAGGGUGGCCUAACAGGUCCAGAAGAGGCAAAGAGACUAAAGGCCAUAAUGAUUGCAGCAGCUGAACUUGCAGCACUUCGGCUUAAAGAUUUUUCAUCCACAAAUCAUAAAGUCCUUGAGUUUGGUCAAAGGGAUGAAGUAUUCCACCUUCUUGACAAGAAUGGUGAUGGUAAGAUUAGCAUUGAAGAACUAAUGGAAGUUAUGGAAGAGCUUGGUGCAUCCGGGGAAGAUGCCCGGGAGAUGAUGCAGCUCCUUGAUUCAAACAGUGAUGGUUCUCUAAGUACUGAUGAAUUUGAUUUGUUCCAAAAACAGGUCGAAUUUAUGCGUAAUUUAGAGGACAGAGAUGUCCAAUACAAGACCAUGCUGAAUGACAAGCUCCAAAUAGCAGAGAACAGUGGCUUGAUUGAGGUAUAUUGUAAAGAAUUUGGUGACAGGCUUGCAAAUUAGAUCUGAUUGAAACUUGAGUGAUUGUUGGUAAGCUUUAAUCAUUUAUAUGCUGAUUCAGUGCCACGUACGUAAAUCAUUCGGUUGUAAUGUAUAUACUAUAUAGCAUACUCAGAACUUUUGAUCUCUCUAGAAUUGUAAUAUUUUAGGAAAAGACGAAAACAUGCCCUGUAAUGCAUAAAUGUAAAUGAAGCUGACUAUGAAUCUGUAUGAGCAAACCCCUGUUAUCAAAUUCCUUCAUCAUAUUAUUGUAACUAAAAACUGAAUAACAAACUCUGAAUUGUAAGACUGCAAAAGAAGAAAUCUGAGAAAAACGCUUCAAACAUGAUAGACGAAAUGCAAUCGUUACAGGAUGUGCAAUCUGUAGUGCAUGGCUAUCUAUAAAUCAUGGGCAUUGCUAUGACUAAUGUUUCUGACAGUGGAGUGCGAUGAGGUAGCACAAGUCCUGCACUUCCCACUCUCUCCGUUGAUUGUUUUAGCAAAGAAAAGAUAAUCUCAUUUUUUUAUUUGUUUGGAUGCUCGGAGCAUCAAUUAUAAGCAAUGAAGGAUAUAUAAUAGAAUAAAAAUGCGGAGAGGGUAGAGAGG